UCGUCGGCCUCUUAACCGCCGCCUCGCCGAACGCAUAUAUAACGCAAGCCCUGUCCUCUCGUCUCCGUCGACGGAGGGAUUCUUCGAGCGAGCGAGGGGAUUGGAGAUCGAAUUCGAGAUGUCGUACGACGAUGUGGAGAUCGAGGACAUGGAGUGGAGCGAGGAGCUGCAGGCCUUCACCUACCCCUGCCCCUGCGGCGACGUGUUUCAGAUCACCAAGGAGGACCUCCGCCUCGGCGAGGAGAUCGCCCGGUGCCCUAGCUGCUCUUUAUUCAUCACCGUCGUCUACAACCCCGAGGACUUCGCCGCGGACCCACCCGACCCCAACAACAAGAAGACCCCCGUCCAGCCCUCGCCUGUCGCUGUCGCUUGAGGGACUAUUAGAUGUUCAUGGUGAUGGAAUGAUGGGUCAUUGUUUUUCAACUCGGGGAUCAAGUUUCUGAAUGAAGCCUUUCAAAGUCUUCAGAGAGUUUUUUUUGGUUUUUCAUCUUAUGUAGGUCCCUUCUUCGUGUUUGGCAUCUUGGACAAUGAUAAGCUUCUGUACAAGGGAAAAGUUAUUCGACACUAAAUUUGAUUAAACUAUGAGACGAUAUGAAUUAUUGGUAGAGUAUCCAUUUGUAGAUUUUGGCUUA